AUGGUGAACCUGCUCGACAAUCUAAGAAAAUACACGGUGGUAGACGUGGAUUCAAAUGAUGAUACGAUUGCCGUCAAGUACAAACCGGUACAUGACAUGACAUCAAACCAAUCUAUAGUGCUUGGAGAGCUCGCAAAGCCUCACCAUCAGGCGCUCAUCCCUGAUGGUGUCAAGGCUGGGAUUAAACUGGCCAAAGAAGAUGGCAUUACCGACGAAAACCUGAUUGCUCAGCUUGCCGUAGACUUUAUGACUGUGCUGCUUGGUACACGAGUUUUCCCCCACCUCGAAUCGACUGGAUAUGUCCAUGCUCAAACACUACCAAGUCUUGCGUAUGAUACCAACGGUACCGUUGGACAUGCUCAGCAAUUGGUCAGAAUUUAUGGACUAAUGGGAAUUCCACGCGAACGGGUAUGCAUCAAGAUUCCUUCUACGGUCGAAGGUCUCCGAGCUUGUGCCAUUCUCGAGCACUUGGCACAACCUAUUAGAACACUGGCCACAACUUGUUUCUGCGUAGCACAAGCGGUUGCGGCCGCUGGAGCUGGUUACGGCAAGCAUGUGGUUUAUGCAGAACCGUUAUUGGAGAUGAGGGGGAUGAUGGCGCUUAGGGACAUUCAAGUCGAGUUCAGGAGGAGAGAUAUUACUGGUACUAAAGUCAUGGCUGCUAGUGACCACAAACGAAGCGAGCUCACGCCUGAAUGGGAAGCGGUUGCUACCAAGGCGGUUGCAGCUUACACCCGCCCCUCGGAACCAACAAAAACGGAGAAAAUCCAGUACCUUCUUGAGGACCCUGCUACAGAGAUAAGAAGUGCUCUGGAACAGCCUGAUAUCAAAGAGCUGCUUAAAGAUGCCCUGGCGAGGUUUGGAACCGCAGAGACCGGGCUGAUUCAGUUGGCUUUGGCCAAUAGAGAUGACUCUCCUCGUCCCGGAAAACGUCCCCGACUAAGCGACGAAACUCCAGAUGAAGAAUUGGCCAAUGUGGCUCAGAGCGACUCGCUCUCUGAUGGCUGGUUUGGCUCCGAAAUUGACUUUGACGACGCCACACUUCAAGCAGUUGACGAAUAUGAAGUUCUUCAGCCAGAAAUAGAUGUGCAGUACGUGGCUCGUGAUGAUCCCUUUCUUAACAAUGGUCACUUGCCUGAAGACGAAGAAGUGCCAUCUAGCCAGGGGGAAGCUGACGGAACAAAGUGUGUAAUCGAUGGGGUUUUCAGUGAAUGUCUAUCAUCGCAGAGCGAGGCGCGCGAUGCGUCUCCAUGUUUGGAAGCUUUUGGACAUUCCAGUUCCCCCCAUCGCUCCCCAGGGCCCGGUCCAUGCUCUCCCAAAAAGGCAGAAUAUUUACCACAUCGCGAGGGAUUGUUUGGUGAAGAUGUUCCGACCAAAGACAUCGAUAUUGAUUUUAGUGCAUAUGUAUCCACUCCGGGUGCGGUGGGAUUCACUUCCGCAGAGACCGCAUCAUCAGACCCCUCCUUGCCAACAUUCAUGCCUGCCAGUCAGGUCCCCAUCGACAGAGAAUUAAUCGCUACCAUGCCUAAACCGGCACCAAAGCUGAAUAUCAAACUUGCUGGGGGCGGAGGAGCUAUUAAACCAAUCACUGCCGAAGAGAUUAAGUUAUCCGCCAACAAACUCAUGGCGUAUCAACAAGACACCCAGUGGAAGCCUCAGAUCCGAUCCAGGGUCAUGUCAUUGCCUACUGCUCCUGCACAACCGCUCCCACAACUUCAGGCUACCAAAGUCCACCCAAGCUCUACGGACGAGAAUCUUGAAUUUGGCGCAUUUGCGAGGCCCUCUCUCGGAUUUGCUGAGACAAACAUAGGUUAUGAGGGUGAAAUGCCAGUAUUUAUGCCUGCAAGCCAAGUCUCCAUCGACCGUUCCGAUCUAGCGUCCACGAGUUUGUCUGUUAAACCAGCUAAAAAGCUUAAUAUCAAACUCGCUGGUGGAUUGGGAAGCCUGAAGCCUCUGACCGAGGACGAGAUCAAGGCAUCAGCAGAAAAGCUGAUGGCUUACCAACAAGACACCAAAUGGAAACCUCAAAUACGAACGCGUUUACCACGUUUAACAUCUGGAGCUGCAUCAUCACGAGCCGAAGCUUCCAAGUUGGGUUCUUUGGAUCCAGACGACUCUGGGCUGGGAUUGCUAGAGCCUGCCGAGGGCCCCGGAACUACUGUCGUACCAAUCGAUCCUACAGGCACUGACCUUGCAGGCAAAGGGAAGCAGCGGGCUAUUGUACUUCAUGGUAUGUCGCCCCCCCGGGCCGUGCUACGGCUAAUGGAAAAUUUGAGUGGUACUCGAGCAGUGGACAACGCGCAUGAACAAGCUGAUCCCGUGCCAGAAAGCCCAAUUAUUAGGCGGGCUCCACCCAGAGUAUCGGAGAGCCCAUUCACUUCACGUCCGCAACUGGGGACACCGGUCCGCUCUACCCCCUUGUUUAGUACUCCUGUAAGACCAAUCUCUACGCCCCGGUUUUCUGCACAAGCUCCCUCAGAGUCACCUGUACAAAUUCCGGCCUUUUCUCAAACUGUAUCAAUGUCUCAAACCGCACCAUCGACUCUUUACCGUUUGGGUCUAUCGCAACGAAAGCCGAAGAACAAAGUAGCUGGUUUUGCCACGCCAUUCAAGCCCGGCAUGGCGCCUGGCGAAAAGGGUAGGGACAUGCUUCGAGGGACGCCAGUUGGGUCGAAUAGAGUUUCGACUCCCUUGAGAGGCACAAUGCCGUCAAGUAAUAGUGGACCUGGGAUCACUGGGAUUAGGAAAGCAUUAGAGGCGGAAAAGGAGAAACAGAUCAUAGAACGCGCCGUAUUCGAUAUCCGCUUCAAAGGCGAACGAAAAACGCUUCGCCAAGCAGGAUUUGUGCCUUCAUUGGUACACCAGGACCUCAUGCCUACUAUACCAUACUUGUCCCUUGAAGCUUCUGCCUCGUUCUAUUUCUCUCAGGGUGGAUAUGUCGAUAUCUUCCAGGCGCUGCAAGAUCGAGGCUGCACUCUAGUAGAUAAAGAAUGGGUAAAGAACCACUGGGGCCAAGUCAUAUGGAAGCUUUCUGGUUUGGCACGUUCUGGUGCGUCGGAGGCGAAAGAGAAGUGGAGUUGGGAGGAAGCUCUGCGACAAAUGUUAUAUAGAUACGAACGAGAGAUUAACCGCGCGGAGCGUCCUGCCAUUCGGCGAAUACAAGAGCGUGAUGCUUCACCGGCCCAGCCAAUUGUCCUUUGCGUGAGCGAUGUACAAAUCGGAAAUGACGAGAAAGUGGAGAUCGAGCUUACCGAUGGGUGGUACCGGAUUCGUACUACCGCUGACAAGGCACUAGCCCGAGCUGUGAAAAAGGGAAAGCUAGUUGUUGGGCGAAAGAUUGCGGUUACAGGUGCUCGACUUGAAGGGGGGAGCGAAGGCAAAGAGGUUUUGAAGGCCUAUCACUCUUCCACUCUAAAAAUAACUGCCAACUCUACGUCAUUAGCGCGCUGGGAUACUCGUUUAGGCUUUCAUCGAGGCCCAUUUGUGUCUUCUUUGCGCAGUCUUUCGGCAGAUGGGGGGUCUGUGACAUUAUUGGAUAUCAUUGUCACCAAACUUUAUCCUGUUGGAUUUGUAGAGACAGACGAGAAAGGACGCUCAGGUCGUCCGUUUGAUCAAAACGCAGAGGAUGAUGCUCAGAGAGCUUGGGAGGAACAGCGAACAAACGAAGCGAGCAAGUGGCGCAUAGAGUUAGAGAAAAGGCUCGAACGGAUGCGAUCUGCGAUUGGGAGGCUCAGGCAUUUGGCAAAAGGUGCUUCGUUCAAUAGUGAAGAAGCACCUGGGGACGCCGAAGCCUUCUUGGAAGAGCUCGAGGAGAUGGAAUAUGAUCUCGAAAUGUUCAAGGGGCGUAGGUUUGAGCCGACGUCAGCAGCAUGGCUUGCAGACGCAAUCCAGACGCAAUCUGACGAAUGUUAUGGACGAAGGGAGGAAGAUAUGGAGCGUCAGCUCGCAAAUUUAUGCCCUCCAAGAAAAGUCCGUAACUUUCGUGUAGUGGUCAUCAAAGAUGCUCGUCCGCUGCGAAAACCAACAGAGCGAACUGCACAACUGACAGCCUGGGAUGUUCUUGCGUUUGGAACAGAUUCAAUACGAGUCGGACAACGAUAUUUGCUUUCUAACGUACAGCCAAGUCAGCCAGGCUCAUGGCGGAAAAAUGAUUUCGGAGGUGACAUAUACCUUAGUACUAGACGCGAUACAAAAUGGACUGCCAUCUGA